CGGGAGCCUCGCCGUCAGCAGAAGCUUCUAGGUCCAGCUGCUGCCACUAUGCAGAUCCUGAUGUUACAGGAUCAGAUCUGAGCCUAUAUAUCCUUUUACUUAUCAUGGUGAGCAGUGCGUGGUUCACCCAGCAGCGGGGUAUCCUGGGCUGGUGGCUGCGGACAUCCACCAUGACCAAGGCCACUAUCUCUAUCCCCGUCGUCGUCGGACCCACCUACCUCUUCGUCAACAGACAAAAGAGCGUCAAAAGACAACAGUUCUACUACGAAAGCGUCACUGAGAAGGUAGGUACGCAGGCGGUCACGCCUGUGCUGUGGGUGCUGGGUGCUGCAAGCGACACACAAAUGGUUGUCUGGGUGUCUGUCUAUCUGCCUGUCUGUCUGUCUGUCUGGGUGUCUGCUGUCAUGAUGAAUCAAUCAAUCAGGUGUAUUUGGAUUUGGCGAUUGGUAACCGAUACAUCGGUCGGAUUUUGAUAGGUCUGUACGGCAACCAGGUGCCUCUGACGUGCGAGAACUUCGUGCAGCUGAUCAAGGGCUACAAGGUGGGCGACAAGAUCAUCGGCUACCGCAACACCCUCUUCUACCGAUCCACGCGCAACGUCUUCAUGAUGGGCGGGGACGUCAUCCGAGGCACCGGCACACACGGACUCUCCAUAUAUGGGCCGAAGUGAGUCUGUCAGUGAGUCAGUCAGUCAGUGAGGGAGUCAGUGAGUCAGGGAGCAAAGAAUGCUGCCUGCCAAAACAACGCUACUCACCAUUCCUGGAGAGGAGCAACCGAGGACUGUGAGUAUGUGUGUGUGUGUGCACAGGUUCCCGGAUGAGAACUUUCAGAUGGAGUUCAUCCAGGACGGCGAUGUGGCCAUGGUCUCAACUGGUGGGGAGGGACACACGUCAAUCCACCCGCUCAACCAACCAACCAACCAGUCACUCAUUCGACCAUCCAUCCAUCCACUGCUGUCUGUCUGUCUGUCUGUGGUGGGUUGCGUGUAGGUCCGAAUUCGAACAACAGUCAGUUCUUCAUCACGUUCUCGCCCAUGAGCAGGAUAGAGCAGGGCCGCUGUGUGGUCUUCGGCACCGUCCUCAAGGGCAUGAGGGUCGUCAGAGAGGUCGAGCAGCACAGCACGCGCGUCGGCAGACCCUGUGCGCCCAUACGGUACGUAGGUAGCCAAUACCCUCACUCAGCACAUCUAACAGACAGACAGACAGACACAGACAAGACAUCACACAUCCACCCACUCAAUCAGUCAAUGCUGGCUGGGCUGAUUGACGUGCUGUCUGCCCAUUGUCUGGCACUCUUCAGGAUUAUUGACUGUGGUCUGUGGGAGCCUGGCAAGGGUCCCGACAGCUUUACACUGCCCCGUGUGGCCAACAUGGCCUUCCCCGAGGGUUUUGAGGACGAGGAGAGCGAGCCCGGCGUCAAGGAGCUGCUCGAGAGGAAGGAGUUCCUCGAGAAGCAACAGGGGACCUACACGGCCCCCGCAGACCCUGGCGAACGUACGCAAGCACACACACACGCACACGCCACGGAGAAACAGACAGACGGGCUGGACACACCGCUUCAGCCAUGCCCACACACGUCAUCCAUCCACCUGUGUGUGUGUGUGGUUGCAUUGUUUCAGGGCUUGAAAGGAUGGAGCGCCUGAUAGAGGACAUGCAGGACCUGCCUGUGCCGGUGCCCGAGAAGCCGCACCGGCCGCAGAGUGCUCCGCCCAAAGCCGACGGCGCCAGGAAGCCCCCUCCCAAGUACACCGUCAGCGAGACGGACUUCCGCAAUAUGACGCCCCAGCAACAGAUGCAACACAUUCAAAAGUCCAGGGGCCAAGGUGCGCCACUCAGCUAUGCAUGUCGACACAUACACACACACACACACGUAUCUAUCAUAUCCUCCAUCCAUUCACCCAUUUGUGUGUGUGGUGUGGUGUGUGCAGGAUUGCACGAUCUGCCGUUCCCCCAGCCAUUCAACGCGUCUCGCGACGAGAUCGAGGAGACGCACCAGUUGGGCUACACCAGGAGGGAGAGCCAACUGCCCUUCUGGUGGCACAGCGUCAACACGGAAAUCGACAAGUUCCUCCGCAUUCGCGAGGAGAUGGACAACAAGAUCCGGGCGCUGCGAGUCGAGAAGUUCAAACAGCUCCAGGAAGAUCAAGGAAGAUAAUCAGAUCCACAGACAGACAGACGGCCGGUGGGGCGGAGGGUUUUACGGGUGGGUGUCUUGCCUGCCUUAUGUAUGUGCCACCUUCUGUCCAGUCCAUGUGUGUGAGCCGAUGGAUGGAUGGAUGGAUGGAUGAAUGUAGUGUAGUCUACUGUAUACACGUGUCUGCAACGG